AUGGCGACACGUGGAAGUGUCAGCCCUAACUCGGUAAGGUAUCACCGUCGACUUGACAGAUUUCCUGAAAAACACACUGACAAGCUAAACCUCACAGACAGACAAACACUAUUCGAGAUCAGAUCUGUAGUGGAGAAGAAAUUAAUGCAAAUGAAUGAACUUAAAGAUAAACUAGAGGACAGUGAAAAAUGUCUUGAAGAGGAAAGAGAACGUAGGAGGAGAGCAGAAGAACAUCUUCAACUUGUGGACUUGUACCACAAUCCUGCUAUCAAUGCUGAGCUGCGAGAGAGGCUGCCACGGGCGUCUAAAGUGGAUCCACUGUGUGGUGUGAGUAACAGUGGGAUCCAGGACUCCACUGGUAGACUGAACAUAGAUGGUGAUCAUCAUCUGGCACUUGGUGAUGACAGGAUGAUGCAGGAAGAUGCUGAAUGUAUUCUUCCAGUAGCUGACGGUCAUCUGACCCAUGCUGGUAACGGAGAAAUGCAGGGAGAUGCAGGUAAUCAUUGGACUCGUAAUGAAGAGACUAUGCUGAAGAUACCUGAUGAACCUUUAGCACUUGACAGUGGCAGUACAUUUCAGGAAGAUGGAGAUCAUCUAACUCAUGAGAAUGACGAUGAUAGCGCAUUGCAGUCAGCUCGUGAAUAUUUAACUCAUGAACAUGACAACAUGCUGAAAGAUUUUGAUCCUUUAUAUUGCGAUGGUGAUAGUACUCUGCUGUCAGUUCGUGAUUUGACACUUUGUGCUGACAGUACACUGCAAGUAACUGAUCAUAAACUAGCACUAGGUGCUAACAGCACACUGCAAGUAACUGAUCAUAAAUUAACACUUGGUAACAGUGCACUGGAGACAGCUGAUGCUAAACUGGCACAUAGUUGUAAAAAGUACCGAGAAACUUCAGACAGCUUUGGCAUCAACACAGAAGAAUCAGCAGUCACUGAUCUUGUUAAGAUUUCUGAAGGCAACAGCAGUGAUGCAUCCAAACAAACAAUUGAUGAACAACAUAACAGAGUCAGCUCAGAAUAUGAUGCUGGCCAAACAAGUGGAAGCCAGAACACCCAGAAGCAAAUCUUCACAUCACAGCAUGAAGAUGAGCACUGUGAUAUUCCAUCCGAGCAUUCACAAAGAGUGAACUUGUCACUCACAGGCACUGAAAACCACAAAUACCCAAACCAAGAUUUCACAUCAUCACCAAAAUUACUGCAUCCAGAGAUUCCAUCUCAGUAUCCACAAACAGUGGACUCAUCUCUUACAGACACACUGCCUUGCACACCAUCACACGUGCCAACAGAGUCUCGUGCUUUGCCUUUUGUGGACACAAGUCAGUCUUCAUAUGUGUUACCAUCCAUGUACCUUAAAAACAACAAUUAUAAUACAUCUCUGUCACCUUCCUCGUCAUGUGUGUCUGUUCCUUUUGGUCAUGUGUCGUGUUCUUCUGUGCCUGGAUCACUUCCUUCACAAGUUAGACUUAGGACAUCUGUAGUGUCUUCUGGACAUGGUAUGCCUUCUGCAGCAUCAUUGUGUGGUACAGUUGCAUCUAAUGGACAAUACCAACCAAUAAGUGCCCAUUCUAGAGAACACUUGUCAACAAGACCAUCUACCGAACCUGGCACAUCAUCUUGUAUAAUUCAUCAUCCUGUUCCUAGACAUUUCAUGAAAUCCUCAGAAAAUCUGAAACCAAAGCCUCCAUCUGCUAUACCAGGAACUGGAUCUGCUUUUCUUCCAAUAUCUACACUGCAGAGUACUCAUACUUCACUGCACAUCCCUCGCCCUUUAUUUUGUUCAACACCAGCAGUCUCUUUUUCUUCAUCUCUACACAAUCCACCAUUAAUUCCACCAUCUUUUUCGACCCCGUUAGUACAGCCUACUUCCUCAGAGAGAGGUUACGGUGCUGUGUUUGGAGAUUCAUGCUUUGUUCCAAGAAGUAGACCUCAAGACUGUUUCAUGAUUCCCAGCUAUAACCAGGAGAUACUUACAGAGCUCCGUGCUGCCAUGGCCACAAUAGAACAAUUAAAUGAUAACUAUUCAGCUCUGCAGCAAGAGCAUGAACGUUUGAAGUUGAGUUUUAAAGAAAGAGAAGCUGAGCUGAUCAUGGAAAUCACAGAACGGGUUGCAUCUUUAACACGAGAUAUUUAUUCUGCACAAGAAGUUCGAGAUGCUGCCAUGAUGGAAAAGGGUGCCAUGCUGGAGAGAGAACGAAUAGCUGAGGCAGACGCCAUUUUCAGCAGAGUGGAUGAAAGUGACUCUAUAGAUGAAGAUGGUGAUUUGGUUAAGGAUGCAUUCAGCAGCGACAAAAGAAGCAUUUUGGAUGAGCAAGGUAAACAAUUACUGUCGAAGAUUGAAUGCCUGAACACAGAAAACAGGGUCAAUGUUCGAACCAUGGAGAGUUUGAUACAGGAAAGAAACAAUGCUAUAUUCAAGUGUAACCUGCUGCAAAGUGAACUGAGUCAACAGACGAUGAAAUCCCAGACUCACCUAGCAGGUGAUGAACUGGCAGCUCACCAGGACACGAUAUUAAAACUUCAGGAAAAGUGUGACUAUUGGAAGAAUCGCGUGAAGGAGCUAGAAGAAGAAUCCAUCAACCUCCGUAUAUAUUACAGCUUACACAAGUCGCUGUCUCCAGAGACGUCACACAGGAACAGUUUGGAGACAUUUGAGAGGACCAUUGAGAAACCCCGUGAGAGUGUUAAUCUAACCCAGAGGGAGAACCAGUGGUUGAUGGAUCAGCUCAGGGCAGUGACAGUGCAGAGAGACGAACUGACGCGUCGUAUGGAGGAGAGAGCACGCUUUAGUAGUUGUUGCCAUGCAGACAAGGAAAAGAUCUCCAGACUGGAGAGAAAGGUGGCUGUUCUGCAGAAGAAGUUGUUUGAACUCCAUGGACAGCCUAGAUCAGAAUAAAAUGGAGUUUAACUUUUAUGUUAGGCAGAAGAAAUAAUAAUAAAUUUCAAUUAAAAAAAAAGUAGAUUGAUAUGAACAGAUGGUAACCUAUGUAAAAUAAUCCAUAUUUUUCCAUGUCAGAAACCUGAUAUAAACAACAGGUGCAUCUUACCAGCUGUCAGCUGUUACCUGUAUCUACAUGUGUUUAAUGUAUGGGACCCAGUGGUCACCUGGAGGUAAUUUUAUUCCAACUUAUUUUUGUACUUAUAUCCAAUUACGGUUCAAGCAUGCUGUCCUGGACACACACCUCAGCUAGUUGGGCUGUCGAACUGUGGUUUAGUGGUUGGUUAGUGGUUAGUGAGAGAGAAGUUGGUGUAGUGGCCUUACACCUACACAUUAAGUUGUUAAAACUUGCUCUGGGGUACUGGGAUGCAAACCCAGUACCUACCAACCUAAAGUAUCAUGAUGACUUAACCACUACAAUAUCAAGGCCGGUUCACCAGGAUCCACACUGGUUAUCACAGGAAAUAUUCUAGUACAUCAAAGGUGAACACUCUGUGACUAGAGUAUUUACUGUGGUAACCAGUAUCCUGUGACUGUACAUCAAAUGUUGUGGUAUGUACUGUCCUGUCUGUGAGAAAACAUUUAAUUUGUAAGAGGAACCUAUUUGGUGACACCAGGUUUGCUCUCGUGUAUCUCUCAACCAAGUAUUGAAACUUCAGAUUUUCUCCUUUUCGUCUAGUAUACAUGGUAUUCUGCUAGAUUUGUUUUUUGUUCAUGUGGCCAGAUAUUGCUGUUGGCCACCUUAUGUCCAUAAACUGUUCAAGAUACUGCUGUGGAAAUCACUAGUGCAAAGACUGAUGGUUGAGAAACUGAUCUACCUCAGUGAUAAAGUUAUAAAUCUUUAUGUUCAUACAGCAUAAUAGGGCUCGAACUUCAGAAUUUGUUACCUAUGGCAGUUUGUAAAUGUUUUCCUUUGGCAAUUUUAAAGCUGUAACUUUUGCAAUAAAUAUAAAAAUCAAGAAACAAUCCCUUCAACUGAUGGUAAUAAUUUUUGUCAUCCAUUAAUGCCUUUUGUAGGAGAUAUCGCUGGUACUAUAAUUUGUGAUAGCUCCUCUGAUAUUCUCUGCAGGAGAUAUCGCUGGUACUAUAAUUUGUGAUAGCUCCUCUGAUAUUCUCUGCAGGAGAUAUCGCUGGUACUAUAAUUUGUGAUAGCUCCUCUGAUAUUCUCUGCAGGAGAUAUCGCUGGUACUAUAAUUUGUGAUAGCUCCUCUGAUAUUCUCCGCAGGAGAUGUCGCUGGUACUAUAAUUUGUGAUAGCUCCUCUGAUAUUCUCUGCAGGAGAUAUCGCUGGUACUAUAAUUUGUGAUAGCUCCUCUGAUAUUCUCCGCAGGAGAUGUCGCUGGUACUAUAAUUUGUGAUAGCUCCUCUGAUAUUCUCCGCAGGAGAUAUCGCUGGUACUAUAAUUUGUGAUAGCUCCUCUGAUAUUCUCCGCAGGAGAUAUCGCUGGUACUAUAAUUUGU